UUCAUUUGAUUAUUAAUUUCAAAAACACAAAAUUCUUACAAUUCAAUUCAUCACUCUGCAAAACUAAAAAAAAUAAAAUAAAAAUAAAAUCAAAUGAGUGCUGCAACUGCAACAUUCACUCCUCAUGUUGCAUUUAGCAAUAAUAAUCCAAUAUGGAGAAAACCCAGAAGUUGUACUACAAACUGCAAAUACUCUACCGCUUCUUUUGUUACAAGAGCAACUUCGUCUUCGAAUUCGGAAAUUGAUAAUGAGAAGAAGAAUAAGAGAAAGAAAAAGAAGGUAGUGAUUGAUAAUAAGGAACAAAAAGUACAGGAAACAGUGGAGGAGAAAGAGCAGGAGCAGGUGCAAGAGUUGCAAUCUUCAUCAGUUUCUGUUAUAAAAAGAUUGGAUGAUGUGAAUCCUGUGGGACUAGGAAGGCGUUCACGUCAAGUGUUUGAUGAAGUGUGGCGAAAGUUUUCAGGAUUAGGGCAAAUUUCGAGAACAAUUCGUUCUGAUGAUGAGAGUACUUUGCUUAUUAGAGAAGGUGGACCCAUGUGUGAAUUUGCUAUACCUGGUGCUCAGAAUACUACUGUGCUUGUUGUUGGUGCUACUAGCCGUGUUGGUAGAAUUGUUGUCCGCAAACUUAUGCUUAGGGGUUACACUGUCAAGGCUCUAGUAAGGAAAGCUGAACCGGAAGUGGUUGACAUGCUACCAAGGUCUGUGGAGCUAGUGACAGGCGAUGUUGGUGAUCCUUCCAGUCUUAAAAAUGCAGUGCAGGGUUGCAACAAAAUCAUCUAUUGUGCCACUGCUCGGUCUUCAAUCACUGGAGAUCUCAUCAGAGUUGAUCAUCAAGGGGUUUACAAUCUCACCAAAGCCUUGCAGGACUACAACAAUAAACUAGCACAGCAACGAGCUGGAAAGAGUAGCAAAAGCAAGCUUUUAAUUGCAAAAUUCAAGUCUGAAGAUUCAUUGAACGGGUGGGAAGUCCGUCAAGGGACAUAUUUCCAGGAUGUGGUUGUUUCUAAGUAUGAUGGAGGAAUGGAUGCCAAGUUUGAGUUCACUGAAAUCGGAGAUGCUGUUUUUUCAGGGUAUGUCUUCACAAGAGGAGGAUAUGUUGACUUGUCACGAAAACUCUCACUCCCUUUGGGUUACACUCUUGACAGGUAUGAGGGUCUAGUAUUCUCUGUUGGUGGAAAUGGAAGAUCUUAUGUUGUAAUUCUUGAAGCUGGUCCUUCAGCAGAUACAACACAAAGCAAAUUGUAUUUUUCCAGAAUUAGCACAAAAGCAGGAUUUUGCAGGGUGAGAGUUCCAUUUUCUUCAUUUCGGCCGGUGAAGCCAGACGAUCCCCCAUUGGAUCCAUUCCUUGUGCAUACCUUGACCAUACGCUUUGAGCCCAGAAGACAGAGGCCAAUUGAAGGAACUACAGGGACGAACCAAGAUCUGAGAAGCUUUCAGCUAAUUAUGGAAUAUAUUAAGGCUUUGCCUACUGGACAAGAAACUGACUUUGUCUUGGUAUCAUGUACGGGGUCAGGAAUAGAGCCUACCAGACGGGAGCAAGUUUUGCGAGCAAAGAGGGCUGGUGAAGAUUCAUUAAGAAGGUCCGGCCUUGGAUACACAAUAAUUCGCCCAGGACCCUUGAUGGAAGAACCAGGUGGGCAACGUGCGCUCAUAUUUGAUCAAGGAAAUCGUAUCUCUCAGGGAAUCAGUUGUGCUGAUGUGGCUGACAUUUGUGUGAAGGCAUUGCACGAUUCAACAGCCAGAAACAAGAGCUUUGAUGUAUGUUAUGAAUAUGUCGCUGAGCCUGGGAAGGAGUUGUACGAGUUGGUUGCACAUUUGCCUGACAAAGCAAACAACUAUUUGACACCAGCACUCUCAGUACUGGAGAAAAACACAUGAUCAUUCUCUCAGUUUGUUCGAGUUACAAUCUUGAUUCAAUCUCUAACAGAAGGUAUUGGUGUGAGACUUACCAAGAUCUUUUUGACUAAGAGGAAUACUUUCUGUCUGUAUUUGUUCUCAAAUAUAUGUGUACAUAUAUAUAUAUAUAUAUGGCAAUAGCAUUUUGUUUAAAAAAAUCUACUGAAGGUUAUGUAUAUAUUAAAAGCAAGCACAUCCCUAAAGCUAUUUUGUUUAAGAUGACUGGAGAAAACUCAUUAGUCAUUA